AUGGACCAGGCCUGGUUAGAUUCUCUCUCCGAAGACUGGGUAUCUCAACCUCGAUCAGAAUCUCCACCUCGAUCAGAAUCACCAGAGCCCGAACUCCCAUCUCUCACCAAUGGCACAUCUGAUUCUUCAAAUUCCCGUCCAACAACUGCUCCGCCUAGUCGCAUACCGAAGUUUGAUGCAGAGACGAAAUCUUGGUCGAAUCCACCGGAUAGUAAUCCAUUGAGCGAAAGGAGUCGGAACGAGAAUAACAUUCCCUUAUCCCAGCGAAACCAUCAGCCAUCAAAACUACGAAGUGAGAUACCGCAGAGCCCAAGGAGCGGGAAAGUCUCUCGUCCUUUGUCGGCUUGUAGCACACACACAACAGAAUACAAUACAAUACAGCACAACAAAUCUCUCAGCGCAUCGCCCAAGAAGAGCUCAAAAGAUACACCGGAAUGGAAAAGGAGGCUGCUCCGAGGGGAUGUCGGAUAUGGCGAACAGCGCGAUCUAUUUAGCGCCGCCGGUCUCGAGACGAUAUUUCAACCACCGCCUGCCGAACCUUUAAUAAAGAAGCCACCCACCUUUGGAGAAAGUAGUAUCAUGCCAUCCAGUCCCCCCCUCUAUCGCACAAGAUUGGAGCCUCCACGAUUUGACGACAGCGAGUUAUCAUCUGAGGAUUCUGUGCAAGGAGAUGGGAAUGUUCUACGGGGCAUGAGAUAUAAGGUGACGGAAGAUUUUGGCAGUGAAUUUUCUACAAACGAUUUGAGUCGAGGAAGCGAUUUCAGGCCCACGGUAUUGAAUACUCUGAGCCCCGUCAAGGAACACUUUUCUCCUUCCGACUCUGUUUUUAACAACGACAAACUCGGCACCAAAAAAGAAAAUCUCGACGUAGGGCGAACUAUAAGCGGGCAAAGUGACAAGAAUAAUGAGUUCCUCUCGCCGAUAUACUUAAAACCACAGAGCACCUUGCCUGACAAGGCAGUUGUUUCACCGAUGGAUAUAUCACCUACUGAACUCCAAGAACGUCUAGAAAAGCUUCGCGCCGACGACUCAGAUGCUGAUGAAAUAGAAGACCUCCAAAGCGCUUCCCGGCCUAUCACUGGGGAUACGGAUGAUUUUAAACACAACGGACAAUUUGUCAAUGCUCGAAGAGGCGGUCAUUCUGAAGAAGGUUCUUUCCAAAAACGAAUGCUGAGUCCUUCUUCCCUCCCACAAAUCGAUGAAUCAGCCUUAUCAGUUGAUGAUUCUCGACACGAUACCCCUGAGAAGCAACUCCCGAAGAUACGAAAAACAAGAGCCUCCAAUGAGCUUCUAGAGCCACCUGUAAACCUACAAUCUCCUCCCAUCGCGCCAAUGCCGCAUCCCAGCCCAGUCAAAUCCCCCGUCAAGAGCAAUUCCGGUAGUCCAUUGAAAUUGUUUGGUACUCAUGAUACGUUUACAAGUCAAAAGCUUCUACGUAGACUCAGUCAAUACGAGGAGGAUCGGGGAAGUGAGCUCGAACCAGAUGUGCCACCAAAUACUGCUCAUGAGGCCAAUCAUCCCCAUAUCGACAAUGCAGAUGAUAGCCGGCCUGUAUCGGAAAGUAGCUAUUUCCCAAAAGAGCGUAAGACAAGGAGAUACAGUAGUUUUGGCGUUGGCGACUUGGAUACUUAUCGGUUCAGCGAGGAUGCCUCUUUUGAAUCGAAUGGAUCUAUCUUACACAACGAUGAUGAAGAAAAGCUCGAUCUCCCUGUCCUCGAUCCGAAGUCACAAACAAGAUUUAGUUUUCGACUAGCUUGUUCACCAGGCGUUAAGGAAGGUGAAGAAAGACGAAAUAGUGGCAAAUACAGAACUGCCAGCAAUAGUACCAGCAGGCACCGCAGCUUGAACGUUAGAAAGAGAUCUAGCACUGGCUCUACAUCGCCAUCUACAGUCUUGCCCUCGUUUCAAAUCAACGAAAACCUCAAGACACCCAGGAGAUCGAAUGGUGAGGCGGAAGGAAAACGACUUAUGAGAUCCCCAGCGAAAGAUUCAACGCCAAAGAGACGUCGGACACUGCACAGAGCGGACAUUUCUCUUCCACUACAACCUGAAGAACCACUGGUCUUACUUCCUGGUCCUUCGCGUCCAUCCACACAGCCAGCUAUGGGUAAAACACGCCAAUACAAUGAGCGAAACGUUCAAGCUGCUGAUCCGAAGAUACUUGCAAUGCGACAACUACUUCGCCCUCGGACUCCCACUCCUAGUCAGCGUAAUAGUCAAGAGCACGAAGAAGCCCCCUUUGCUGAGUCAGGCCUCACAUCGGACGAACGUGCAAGGCUAUUGCAAGAGCAAAAGAUUGCUAUGGUACAAGCUGAGCUUGAUCUGGCCAACCCAGAUAGGCCUCUUAGCUCCAGUCAGCAAUCUCAGGAGAGUCGAAAACCCUCUGUAACUACCCAGGACUUUCUAGACGAGGCGAAGAAGAUUAUGGCAGGCAUUCGCGGUAGAGCAAGACCUCGUAGUGGUCUUACUAGCGUAGAAGAGUCGGAGUCCGAAAAUGAUCGUGCUCCAUCAAACAAUGCAGCAGAUGACGAGUUGGAAGAUUCGUACCAGGAAUCAACUCAGGAGCUGUUUGAAAGGCCACCAAGUCGCGAAGGUGCCCCAGUAUCAAGAACGCCGACAACUCAAGACCCAGAGCUUUUAAAUCACUUACGCAAAUACGAGGAGAACAGUGAAAUGGAUGGCAUCAUUGCUUCAUCCAUAAAGUCUAUGGCUAUGGCAAAAGAAGUUGUCAGAAAUGCGAGGGAAGUUGACAGAAUGGCAGACGAAACAAUCUCAAGAUCACUUGGUCACUUCUUAGAUCCUAUCAAUGCAGUUCAGAGCGAACCUGCCAAUAUCCGUAUAUCUAACAACCCAGAUAUUCAGCGAAAACGUAAACACUCUGGCUCUUCGCGACAACUGGACGAAGAAUAUGAUGACCUUGAUUUUUUCACACAAGGUUCGAACAAUUCCAUACCCACAACGUCAUCCAGAGGUUCGGACUCGAGGCGUGUAAUUGCUCCACAUACAGUAUCUCAUCUGAUACCAGAACAACUUGCUGGCAUGGUUUUUGAUCGAGAUCGGAAUAUCUGGGUAAAGAGGAAAUCUACUAGAGAAAAUGAUGGGCAAGAUUCCCCUAUUUCCGAAGGAAGUGAAGAAGAUCCUUUUGAAGACAUUCCUGAUUUGUCAUUUGAUGAAACACAAGAGCUCAUGAGGCUAAGGGCUGUUGCUGCCAAACAAAAGGAAGACGCACGAUUACGCUUGGCCGAAUAUCUCGACAACGAAGGACAGCACGGUGCCUUGAGUGGCCAAUUCUCGCCUCAAAAGACUUCGAAUAUGAGCGUUCCGCAGGUGGAUAACAGACCCCGGUCAGCACCGUCAGAGCCCAUCCAAAGUGCCGUAGAUAGUCCUGUCCCAGAGAUAAAGGUUCGAUCCGUCUCUGUAGGUGAAGAUAGCAUCCUACAUCCAAAAAAGACCCGGCACGGGGAUGUAAACAAGUCUGCUUUUGGAAGUCAUAGCUCAACUGAGGGCAAAGCCCCAGAAGAGAGUAGGAGACUGGCCGAAGACGAUGCUUUCAUUCAACCAGAUAGAGACCUGAGUACCACAACUCCAAAACGUCAAAGGAAUGUUACAAUCACUUUCUCGUCUCCUAUUGCGGAGCUUAUCGAGCCGCCUACUUACCAUGAUGAUGAUAGCUCAGCGAAGGGGGGAGCUUACCAAUCCGAUGAUGACAGUGUCAACGAAUCGGAUAGCGAUGAUGGCGGGAGUAUUCGAGUUAGAAAGGGAAAAUCUAGACAAGGUAGCGGAAAUCAUGGAUAUAGAAACAACUCUCGUAGGCUAUCGGUAGGAGGGCAACAAUUCUUGCCGCGUCCAGUAUCACGAAUUGAUGAGCAGGACGAAGAGUCUUUCAACAAAGAAAGAGGUGGCAGGAAUAAAUCUGGAAACAAUCUCCUCCCAACACCAUCUAUCUCGCCAAGAAGGGUUAAUAGUGUAGUGCUCGCUACACCGCGGCCCAUUCACGAAAUCGGGACUCUUGAACUUACUCCACUCUCGGAAUUCACGAUGCAUCAAGCAGACGAAUCUUAUGGGAUGGACGUGAGCUAUGUGGCAAACGGGCAACAGCAUAAUGCAGGGCCUUCUUCAAAGACAACACUUUCUCAUUCGAUCAAGGAAAUGGUUGAAAAAUUGACCGAGAUAGAACCAUACGAGCCAUACUGGGAGCAUAUGAAGAGCGCCAAUCUGCAUAGGAGGAAACUGACAAACUUGCAUAAACUGGACGAGUUUUGUGAGCACUUGGAGGAACUGAAAGUUUCCAAGAACGAAAUUAGUCAACUGAACGGUGUUCCCUCGUCACUUCGCACGCUCAUUAUUAACCAUAACCGCCUUUCUGAUCUUACAUCUUGGGGCCAUUUGUGGAAUCUUCAGGAAGUCGAUGUCUCCAACAAUGAGAUUGAAAGCCUCUCCUGCUUCAAAAACUUAGUGCACCUAAGAAGCUUACAGGCAAACAACAACCAAAUCACUUCGCUACAUGGUAUUGGAACUCUAGAUGGCUUGAUUACACUUAGACUUCGAGGCAAUCCGAUUGAGACACUGAACUUCGAAGGAACAAACCUCAAACACUUAGAACAUCUAGACCUUAGAGGUUGUCAAAUUUCAGAAGUCAAGAAUAUCGGGCAUUUGCCGAAAUUGUCGAGCCUUGAUUUGGAGAACAAUAAAUUGGUCAGUUUCAUGACAUCAGACGAUACAUGCUCGGCUAGAGAAGUCAGGUUGAGCUUCAACAACCUUGAAUCUUUCAAUGCGAAUCUCACACCCGAGAUUCGCAUUCUCUAUCUGGAUUCCAAUCGAAUCAAGACAAUCACCGGCCUCCUCCACAAAAGAAAUCUUUAUAGUCUCUCAGUGCGUGAACAGCAAUCUGGUACGGUUCUGGACAAAUCGUUUCUCCGUGAGGCUUUCGAAGUGAGAAAGUUGUUCCUGUCCGGUAAUCACUUGGGAACCUUCGAUCCUGGUGUCGAAUAUCUCAAUUUGCAAUAUCUUGAACUUGCAAACUGUGGUAUUACUUCUCUACCAGAUGAUUUUGGUCUUAUGGUGGCAAAUGUAAGAGUUCUAAAUCUCAACUUUAACGGGCUGCAAGAGUUUCAAAGUCUGCUUGGUAUUGUCCGUCUCAAGAAAUUGCUCCUUGCCGGAAACCGUUUGUCUAAAGUAGAGAGACUUACAAGAACCUUGAGAGCGUUUCCUCAUCUAACUACUGUCGAUAUGAGAAACAAUCAUGUUAAUCAUAACUUCUACCCAAUAGCAUUGGAAAGAUGUUUGAUCAAAGAUGGCGGGCUCGAGAGAAAUGACCUGGAUGUUAUUGAUCCAUAUUCUCUUGGCAAUGCAGAUCCAGUAAGAGAUGCUCAUUACAUCUCAUGUUCGGAUAUGGCAACAAGAUUGAUGCGACGUGUAUAUGAAAUGCUCGUAUUUGGAAAGAAAGGCGACAAUCCGAAACUACAGAAGUUGGAUGGUCUUCCAAUCAAUAGAGAGGUCUCAAAAAUUCGAGACGACGUUUGGGAUAAGCUUCUUGAAAUGGGUUAUAUAAAGUCAUCGGGAAAAUCCAAAGGGAAGACAAAUGGUGGUCCAACCGAGGAUGAGAAAACAGAAGAGAGCUUGUUAGGAGGAGAUUUUCAUCAGCAUACCCCCAAUAAAAGUUCAUUGGAUGAGAUAGCUAAGAAGACGGAAGGGUCCCAACAUCACCGAUCCGAUAGUAUUGACGCUGGGCAAAGAGUUCAAGGCCCACAUGAUACGAAAUGUAAUUUCGAAAACAUCGAAAAGAAGGUCGAAAAGCCACCUGCUGGCAGUUUUGGCAAGAAGGUCGUGGAGCCUAAAGUUGAUGUAAAUCCGAUUAUUCGAAAGAGCUCUACACAAAAAUCAACAGGGUAUGAUAUUGCGCAAGAGAGUACCGGAAAUCAUUCCCAAGGUGGGCAAGCAUUUAAUACUUACAAACCCAAGGCACAAGUUCCGCUGGACCUCAAUUCCCGGGGGAGUAGAAAUGUUGAAGCACCUGAAGUCGACUCGGCAUCAGGACCAUCCACAAGGAAGAAGAAUGAAAUAACACGCAACAUAGAGAAAAUUAUCGCUGAGAGUCAAGCUACUGUUGCAAAACACAGGGCCUUAGUAAGACGUAUGGAUGAGGAGGUUGGAGAAAGCGUGUCCGAACCGAAGCGGAUAGAAACCAAUAGACCUAAGGCUGGAUUUCCACCUCCAGUAAUUCCACUCGCCAAUCAGGCUAUUUACCAGCAACAACCAUCACAAAAUUUUGGAGCUAGCCCCCCAACAGCUGCUCAAUUAAAAAAGGAGCUGGAGGAGAUGUUGCAGUCAUUCGAGCGUGAGACAAAGUCGAAAGAGGCCAAACUGUUGAAUCGAAAUCGAUUUGACCAUGGGUCUUCCAUUCGACAGAGCAGCCGAAGCAAGCCAGCUAGCAAGAGUGGCGCUAAGAAGGUUGAAUUCGCUGAAGGGAGUAAGGAGGCUAAUGCAAGCAAAGAACCCCGCUGGCCAGCUGAGGAUAGCUUCGCUUGA